AUGGGUGCAUCAAAAGUCAAAUGUCGGACCGACUCCAAAGUGGUGGCCGAGCAAGUUGGUGGAAGCUUCCAAGUAAAGGAUCACAGCAUGAUGAAGUACUAUCACGCUUAUCAAAAAAUAAAAGCGGGUUUUCAGGAGGUGUCGGUCAAGCACAUCCCACGCGAAGACAAUGCCCGUGCCGACCAGUUGGCUUGGCUGGCCGCGACCAAAAAACCGGGGCAUUUGAGAACGAUAAUCCAACAAGAGAUCGACCGCCCUAGUGUCGAUGCAGAAGUGGUGGCAAAUGUCAAUGCCGACUGCGCCAAUCAGGACGAUUCCCAAGACUGGCGAGCCGAAAUCAAAGAGUUCCUCGUAAGUGGAAACACGCCGACCGAUCCGUCCGAAGCCAAACAACUAAGAACCCAAGCCGGCAGAUACGUUGUCAUCGCCGACCAGCUGUACAAACGCGGUUUCUCUACCCCGUUACUCAAGUGCCUCAACUCCGCCGAGGCUGAUUAUGUGACGAGAGAAGUGCACGAGGGUAUAUGUGGACUGCAUUCAGGAGCGAGGACAACCGUUUCCAAACUCCUACGAGCCGGAUACUAUUGGCCGACCAUGAACACCGACUGCGCAGGGUUUGGACAAUGCAAGUUCCUCAUCGUCGCCGUGGAUCUAUUCACUAAAUGGAUCGAGGCCGAGCCCUUGGCAUGCAUCUCGGCUCAGCAAGUUCAGAAAUUUCUAUGGAGAAACAUCAUUACCCGAUUCGGUGUCCCACACACCCUGGUGACCGACAACGGCCUUCAAUUCACCGACCGAAAACUCAACGAGUUCCUUAUUGGCUUGGGAGUACAACACAGGGUCACAUCAGUCGAGCACCCACAAACCAACGGUCAGGCCGAGUCGGCCAAUAAAGUCAUCUUGGCAGAGCUGAAGAAACGCCUUAGAGAGGCAAAGGGAGCAUGGGCCGAGCAGUUACCCGAGGUGCUAUGGGCAUACCGAUGCACGCCCCAGUCGACUACCCAAGAAACCCCCUUUCGCCUAGUCUACGGAUCCGACGCGAUGAUCCUAGUGGAAAUCGGGGAAUCAUCGUUCCGCCGAAUCCACUUUGACGAGGCAAGCAAUGAAGCCGAACUCCGAACGAACCUGGACGUAAUACCAGAAAUUCGCGAUCGAGCACUAGUCGUGGCCGAGGCCACCAAGCAACGCUACAAACGAAGGUUCGACAGCAAAGUAAAGCCAAGAGAAUUCCGGGAAGGAGACCUCGUUUGGAGAGCUACAGGAGAGGCGAGAAAGGAUCCGAGACAAGGGAAGUUCGCCCCGAAUUGGGACGGACCAUACCGCAUCCGACAUAACUUAAACAACGGAGCGUACAAGCUGGAGUACUUAUCAGGAGAACCGAUUCCUAGAACUUGGAACGCCUCACAUUUAAAAGUGUAUUAUAGUUGA